AUGGCCAACUCUGAUUCUUCCACUGCUGCUCUCCCUGCUCCUCUUCCUCUCGCUUCUAAGAAAGAGAACAUAACUCCGAUUGGCUCAAAGAUCGCUGAACUAAAUGAAUCGAGGACUGAGCUUGUUAAUAGAAUCCAAGGCUUAAAACAGGAUUUGCAAAGUUGGAGAUCGAAGCUAGAUACUCAAGUCAAAAUCUAUCGCGAUGAGUUGUCGGGAUUGAAGAAGUCAUUGAAUGUUGAGGUUGAUCAACUUCGAACAGAAUUCCAAGAACUGAAGAACACACUGCAGCAGCAACAAGAAGAUGUUACUGCUAGCCUACGAAAUUUGGGGCUUCAGGACAGCGCAGGUGAUGCUAAAGAGGCACAAGAACCCAAGGUUGAUGUAGAAGAUAAGGAAGUGCAUGCUUCUGUUGAAGAGGAUAUUGAGAAGGAAAUAUGA